GUUAUGUUAGUUUAUAAAAACUGUUUUCAUAAAAACAGGGUAUUAUGGAUUUAUGAAAGAUGCAACACUAGCACCAACUUAUGCUCGCUUCGACUACAUAGUCAUCGGAGGAGGAACCUCCGGUUGUGCAUUAGCCGCAACGCUCUCUCAAAACGCCAACGUUUUGGUUCUUGAACGUGGCGGCUCUCCCUAUGACAAUCCGGCAGCUAGCGAUAUCGAAAACUUCGCCAACACACUCUUAAACACCACACCAAAAGCUUGGUCGCAGCUUUUCAUCUCCGAGGACGGCGUUUAUAACCAUCGUGCGCGCGUCCUCGGUGGAGACUCGGUGCUGAACGCUGGGUUUUACUCACGUGCGGAAGAUUAUUAUGUGGAGAAGUCCGAGUGGGAGAUGGAGGCAGUGGAAGCUGCUUAUGAGUGGGUCGAGAAGAAACUUGUGUUCAAGCCACAAGUGAUGGGAUGGCAAUCGGCAUUGAGAGAUGGGCUUUUGGAAGCUGGGGUGGUUCCAUACAAUGGUUUCACGUUCGAUCAUAUUGUUGGGACUAAGAUUGGCGGUACAAUCUUUGACCCCGCGGGCCAUAGACACUCGGCUGCAAAUCUGUUAGAGUAUGCUAACCCGGACACGAUUGUUGUUUACUUGCACGCUCUUGUUCACAAAAUCCUCUUCACCACUAAAGGAAGAUCGAGGCCUAAAGCGUACGGAGUUAUAUAUCAAGACGGAAAUGGAGUGUUUCACAAGGCAAAACUGGCGAAAAACGCAAUGAGCGAGGUGAUUUUGUGUGCGGGCGUCAUCGGGAGCCCGCAACUAUUGAUGCUGAGUGGUGUGGGUCCUAAGGCCCAUCUUGAGGCCCAUGGGGUCAAUCCGGUCCUCGAUCAACCCAUGGUUGGGCAAGGGAUGGGAGAUAAUCCAAUGAACCUUGUCCUCGUCCCUUCUCCUCAACUUGUAGAACUGUCCCUCGUAGAGGUCGUUGGUAUCACCAAGUUUUAUGAUUUCAUUGAAGGUGGAAGUGGCUUAAGCCUCUCUCAAAACUUGACCCGUAGGUUCUUCGAUACUAAUUUGAAUAUUCUCAACGAGACACUCUCCACCCAGUCAAUCGUAGACUUCUUCAAAUCCUUGGAUCUUCCAUUGAAUAUGAUGGAAAAUGCGGGCUUGAUCUUCCACAAAGUCGAUGGACCAGUCUCGAGAGGUUACCUAGAACUCCGAAACAAAAACCCAGAUGAGAAUCCUUCAGUGACAUUCAAUUACUACCAAGAACCAGAAGAUCUUGAAAGGUGUAUUAAAGGACUUAAAACCAUUAUUAAAGUGGUAAACUCGAAGGCCUUCUCCAAAUACAAGUACCCGAAUGAGACCGUACGUGGACUACUCAAUCGCACGCUUAGCCUUCCUAUCAAUCUAAGGCCAAAACACGCCACCUCGAAGUCCAACUUGACGCAGUUUUGCAUAGACACUGUAAUGACUAUUUGGCAUUACCAUGGAGGUUGCCAAGUUGGAAGAGUGGUCGACAAAAAUUACAAAGUUUUCGGUAUCGAUGCCUUAAGGGUCAUCGAUGGAUCCACAUUUCUCAAGUCUCCAGGGACUAAUCCACAAGCCACAGUCAUGAUGCUCGGAAGAUAUGAGGAUGAGCCAGCGGAGCCUGAGAUUGAAGAAGGAGUAGAGGAAGAUGCUGAAAUGAAGGAGAAUGAUGAUGUCAAUGGUGAGCCUCUUGAAGCUGAAGAUAAGGUCGAAACAGAACCUGUGCAACGUCCACGUAAAACGUCAAAGUUUAUGACUAAGUAUGAGCGUGCUCGUAUCCUCGGCACUCGCGCUUUGCAGAUUAGCAUGAAUGCUCCUGUCAUGGUCGAGCUAGAGGGUGAGACCGAUCCACUUGAGAUUGCGAUGAAGGAGCUUAGGCAGCGGAAGAUACCAUUCACAAUUAGACGCUACCUACCUGAUGGGAGUUUUGAGGAAUGGGGAGUUGAUGAACUGAUCGUGGAAGAUUCAUGGAAACGUCAAGUAGGUGGUGAUUGAUAAUCUGACCAGCAACAAAUCCGUAUGUAAUUUGCAAUCUUUUGCUCUCAUAUGGAUAAUAAUUUUCUGAUGUUUUAAUAGAACUAAAAAUCAGUG